AAGAGAAAGUGAAAGGAAAACAGCGAGCACAAAAAAACUAGAAGUGCAAGAAAGCAGUAACAGCACAGACGAAGGGAACAGAGCCUCCUAACUAAUAGCCAUGUCUAGGGCGUGUACUCUGAAGGUUACAAAAGACAACCAAGAGAAGGUAAAUGGAUUCCGUGAAAAUCUUUUCAGCCAGAUGCAGAAUUUCCUGUCUGAUUUUCUUCCAGAGAAGAUACAAUAUCUGGAUGGACUCCUGAAGGGUGAUCUUUUUAAUGUGAAAGACCUGACAUCUCUGCAUUGUGAGCUAAAUAUUCCCAUUCCAGAGCCUCCUGCUCCUGAGGGCGAGGAUUCAUCGAAGAUGGAAACAGACAAAGAUGAGAAGAAAGUUCCUCGUUGUGGCUUCCUACAAGAGAAUGAGAAAAUGCACAGAAUCCUGAACAUUGUUCAACCUGAGGUCCGAUCUCUGAGAGAGGGUUGUGCACUGGUUAUCACCUGGAUCCAUCACCUGAUCCCAAAAAUUGAAGAUGGGAAUGACUUUGGAGUGUCAGUGCAGGAGAAAGUCAUAGAACGUGUAACUGCUGUUAAAACCAAAGUGGAAGCAUUACAGACCAACAUUUCAAAAUACUUCACCGAAAGAGGAGAUGCUGUUGCAAAAGCUUCAAAAGAAACACAUGUGAUGGAUUAUCGAGCUCUUGUUCAUGAAAAAGAUGAAGCUGCAUUUCUAGAACUGAGACUAUCCCUGAUUGAAGUGCGGAAUUUCUAUGUUGAAAUAUUUGACAUUAUUCUGAAGAAUUUGGAGAAGAUCACAAAUCCAAAAGGAGAGGAGAAGAGUCCAAUGUACUGAUACCACAAUAAAUGGACCAGUUUCCACUGGAGCAAGGUCCAUCUUAGCCUACUGUGUUCUAGAAAACAUUGGUUUAUUCACUGAUGAAACAAAUAAAGAUAUAAAAGUAAUUCAUCGAAACAAA